AUGGCCCCGGCAGCGCCGCCGAGCCCGACACCGGAAACCACCCCGUCGGGCCACCAACUCUUCACACGGAUCCGCCUGGCCACCCCCUCCGAUAUUCCCCACAUCCACAAACUCAUCCACCAAAUGGCCGUCUUCGAACGCCUGACCCACCUCUUCUCCGCCACUGAAUCCUCCCUGUCCGCCACCCUCUUCUCCCCCACAGUCCAACCCUUCCACUCCUUCACCAUCUUGCUUCUAGAAGCUUCCACCACCCUCUUCCCUGUUUCAACCUUUGACUCCAACCCUUUGUUCAAACCCCUGACUGAAGUCGUGAAUCUGAGGCUCCCCUUUGAGGACCCCGAGCGCGACACGUUCAAGAGCACGGAUGACGUUACUGUUGUAGGGUUUGUGAUGUUUUUUCCAAAUUAUUCAACUUUUCUGGGAAAACCAGGGUUUUACGUGGAGAACUUGUACGUGAGGGAGUGUUACAGGAGAAUGGGGUUUGGGAAAAUGUUGUUUUGUGCAGUGACAAAGGAAGCAGUAAAAAUGAAGUAUGGAAGGGUUGACUGGGUUGUGCUUGAUUGGAAUGUUAAUGCCCUUAGGUUUUACCAAGAGAUGGGUGCUGAGAUUGUGGAGGAAUACAAGUUUUUCAGAUUGACUGGGAAGCCUCUUCAAGCUUCUGGACACACUCACUGAAAACUGUUCCUUAAUUUCUCAUUCCAAAACUUGUCACUUUCAUGUAUCCAUGUCUUCAACUAUGUUACAAACAAUGUA